AUGGAAGAUGAACGUAUCAAAGAGAUUAAAGAAAUCAUACAGUCGAUAGAAAAAAACCUUCAAGACUACAAAGAUAAAAUGGAAAAAGUAUUAUUAAGACAAUGGGAAUUACAGAAGCAACUGGCUGAUACAGAAGAAAAAGCGCAUGAAGCAACGAAUUUAAGAAUAGAAUAUGAAAAAGCUUUGCAAGAAAAUGAAACUUUAAGGCAAGAAAUGGCAAAGUUAAAAAUGUGA